CUAAGUGAAUAAAGAAAAAAUUCUUGUUUUGAAUUUAUCAAAUUAAAUUAAUCAUCAUCAUCAUCAUCACAUCACAUUUGAAUCACAAAAUGACCAAUGUUGAUUGGAUUGAUUUCGAACAGGACGAUACGUCCAUGAAUCUUUCGUUUCCAUCAGUUUUUGCUGAUUAUCUUUCCGAAGAAUUAUCGGAAAAUUUGAAAAGUAAAUUCAAUGAAAUUGGUGAAAUAUGGCGAUUUGUUGGCUUUCCUGAUUCUUAUCGUGAACAACGAACAUUAGAAAUUAGUCAACAAUUCAUCGAUUUAGCUGAUAAUUUAGUUGCCAGAAAUCGUGAUUUUCGUGAUGAAGGCCUUAAAUAUCGAGAAUAUAAAUUAAAAGAAGUAAAUAAAAUUCUCACUGAUCUAUCAUUACCAUCAUUUCAGCUAUCUGAUGAUGUACAAACAUUGAUUAUGCAAAAUAAGAUAUUGCAGAAAAAAUAUAAUGAAUUAUUGGUCGUAAAAAAUGAACGAAUGUUUAAAUUGGAAAGUUUGGAGAAUAAAUUAAAGAAAAUAAUCCAUCUACUUGGCGAGAUUUAUCAACCAACCAAAUUUGCUACUGACAUUCCAAGUGAAAUGGAACUAAAAAGUUUGGAAUUAAUAUUACGUGAUCGGGAAAAAAUUUUAUCUGAUCGAAAAAUGAAAUAUGAAUCAUUAAGACCUUCAUUAAUAAAAUUUAUCAACGAACUUGAAUAUGAACCUGAAAAUGAUGAUGAAAAAAUGUUGAUCAUAUUGAAAAAAGAGGAGAUUAUUUUCUCACAAUCAUAUGUUAACAAAUUGAUGACAUUUUUAAACAAAUUAUCCAGUUCAAUUGAAGCUUCUAAAACACAUAUUGAAAAACAACUUGAAAUAUUGCAACAACUUUACAAUCGAUUAGAUAUUGAUCAUCAAGAACGAGAUAUUUUCCUAAUGAAAUUGGCCGGUACUUUACCACGAAAGCAACAGAUAUUGGAUGCAGAAAUUACCAAAUAUGAGAUUCUAAAAAAGAAUAGUAUCGAAAAAAUAAUCAAAAAUGUUCGUCUGGAAAUUAAAGUACUUUUCGAAAAAUGUCGUGUAUCUCGAUUCGAUGGUUACCUAAUGGAUUCACAAGAAUAUACUGAAGAAUUGCUUAACGAAUUGGAAACCGAAUUUAAUGAUUUGAAAAUUUUUUAUGAUAAAUAUCGAGAAGUUUUUGAAAAAUUUAUCGAAUUUGAAGAAUCUAUGGAACGUUUGAUAGAAUUAGAAAAGAAAUCCACCGAUCCUAAUCGUUUCAACAAUCGUGGUGGUGCAUUGUUACAGAUGGAACGUGAUCGUAAAAUGUGUUCGAAAAAAUUACCCAAAUUAGAAAAAGAGAUUCGAACUUUGAUCACAUUGAUUGAAACCGAAAAAAAUAUCCCAUUCAAUACAUAUGGUAUUGAUAUUGAUAGAUAUUUUGAAACAAAUUGGGAACAGCUUAAAGAUUGUAAAACGAUUACGAAUGUAGCGAAAAAUUCGAAAACCACAAAUACUACGAAUAGUGCUAAAAAAAUUACUGCAGAUGUUUUAUCAAACAAAAAAGACAAACGAAUUCCAUUUUCACCACGAUCAAUUAAUCAGUUAAAAUUGAAUAAACAUGAUUCAAAUGAUCAGCCACUACCGGCAAAGAUUGCCAAACGUAAUCUUUAUGAUGAUAUUUUCAAACAUGUCGAUCAAGCGGAAAUAAAUUUUCAGUUGAGAGUCCCUUCCAAUUCGACGAUGAUCGAUGUAGAAAAUAAUCUUCCACAUAUGAAUCUGCAUACACCAUUGACCAAAGCAGCAAUUACUUUACGUACACGUGAACAUCGACGACGAUCUAAAUCUGUGGAUUUUGUUCGUAAUCGAGCAAAGAAUCGUAUCGUAUUGAAUUGUAAUAAUAGUAAUGACUAUUCAUCAUUAUCAUCCAAUGUUAGAACAAUGCAAAAACGACCAGCUUUUUUACCAUAAAUUUUUUUUCAACCAUUAAAAUAUAAAAAAAAUUUGAUUUUGAUUAUUAAACAUUAUUUUUUCAA